ACACAGUUGCCAAUUACAAGGUGACCCCAUUCGGAGUUCAAACUUGAAAGCAGCUAACCAAUUCUUAGCCCAAAACCCUCACAACUAUUCAUCACUUUUACAAGUUCUAUCAGAAGGGAAAAUUAUAGUUCCGGCCAUAACAUAGGCCGGUGUAAACUAACGGAGGAUAAUCAAAGCAAUUGAUUGGAUGUGGGAAUUUUGGAGAAGACAUAAGAGGAAGGUAUAUGUUACACUUGGAGUUUUGGGAAGUGGAUACUUUUUGUAUAAGUUGUAUGAUGCUCACAUGCGAAAGCUUUCUGAUCUUGAGAGAGAACUUGCCGACCAAAGGAGAAGCGAGGAACUCAUUAAAUCCCAGGUGAAGUCACAUUUUGAGAAUAUUCAAAGAAUAGCUGAUUCAACGACGUUGCCUCAUGUAAUGCAAUGCUUAAGUAGUCAGAUAGAAGAAGAAUUGGACCUCACACACUUGACAGAGAGGUUGAUGAAAGGAAAGGAUCUGCCAAAUAGUCUAACAGCUGCACAGAAGCUCGAGCUAUGGGACAGACUCAAAAUUUUAAGUUUCACAAGAAUGGUGUUGUCUCUCUGGGCAACAACACUGCUAAGCUUAUAUAUUAGAGUUCAAGUCAACAUAUUAGGGAGACAUCUCUAUAUAGACACAGCACGUGGCAUUGGAAGUUCUGGCCAUUUUGAUGAAGUUGAUCUGAUUGACAGAAACGACCAGAAGCGGUUUCUGGCCAGUGCAGAUUAUUUAACUACUUUUGGCCUACCCACCUUAAUCUCUAGUUUUGAAGCAGCAAAUUCGGAAGUUCUAAAAGGAAAACGGCUGAAGGAUUUCUUCAACACUACUGUACUUCAUGAUGUCAUUAUUCAGAUAUUGAACACCUUCAUGAGCACGGCAAGUCCUCAUCAGUGGCUGGGUUUUUUUAUGCCAGAGGACUCUAAGCAAAAUAAUGUUGAUGUAAGUUCUAGCACUGGCAGCACAGAUCUCUCUAAUGCAUCAAAAUUCGAACAACUUAUGCUGGAGACACAAGCUGUAUUGUCAAGUGCUGAAUUUGGGAAUAUGGUUAACAUAUCACUAAAAGCAGCAGUGGAUGUACUGAUGGAAGACAUAAGGGUCUUAUGCGGAGAGGCCAAUUUAACAUCAGGCAUGCCAUUAGCUAAACUUCUACCACGGAUAGCCCAUAUGGAUCAGAUUCUACUUGAAGAACCCAACAGGAACAGGUAUAUUCAAGUCAUCCAAGCCAUACCGGAAGUAGAAAUAUUCUUCACCCUGUUAUAUGCAAGCAGUCCUCCUUCAUAGUGUAGGUUCGUUGUUGUAUUGUAGCUUCAGCAUAAGCAUGGAUGUAAAAUAUUACAUUUGGGUUUGGUUUAAUUUCUUUUAAGUGUUGUUACCUUGCUUUAGAAAAUUCCAUUUGAUCGAGGAGUUAAAAUGUGAACAACAUAAGAAGAAAACUUGAGUUUCUAGUGAAAAUUGUAUUCUUUUAUAGUAUUCAAGUAAGAGAAUUCGAGUUUCUGAAGA